AUGGACGUCACGGGGAUCUACGCGAAUAUUCUAGAGGACGAACGUUCGCGGAAGCCCCCCGUGUCCCCCCGAUCCCCGCGCGGCGGCUUCCGCUCCGCGGCGCCCGCCACCCAACGCGGGGAUAGGGGCCGGUUCGCCCCGCCCUCCCCCAAAACUUCCCCCAGAAGCCCCCGCAGCCCUCGUUUCCGCCCAUCCGCCCCUACCGCCGCUUCCGCUGGCGACAGGCGGCAGCCUCUUGCGACGCCAUGCGACAACGAGCCCGCCGCCGCCGCCGCCGCCGCUGGCGGCGUGACGACGCAGCAGCAGCGCGUCGGUCCUUCGCGCUUGGCCGUGAUAUUGUCGCAGCAGACGCAGCAGCAGCAGCAGCAGUCACCGCAGCAGGCGCAGCAGCAGCAGAAGCAGUCACAGGGUUCGCAGGCGGGUCAAAAAGCGCAGGAUACGCAAAGAACGCAGGAGGCGCAGCGGGUAAGGCAGUCUCUAGACGUUUUAGCGCGACUCAAGGCGGACUCGCGCCCCUCAGUCGACUCAGACGACGAUUUCGUGGAAGUGUUUGGGCAGACUGUGUGGGAGCGGCAGGAGGGGGCGACCGUGUUGACUAGGGUCAACGACGAGGCGGAGAGGACGGAGGUGAGCUCGUUGACUGGGGUCAACGACGAGACGGAUAUUCACGGGCACAGGACGGAGACGGAUAGGAUAAAAGCGGAAGCGGAUAGGCACAGGGCGGAGGCGGCAAGGGCGGCGGCGCAGCUACAGCGACUGCUGGAGGGGUCGCAGCAGCGGCGGCGGUUCUCCGCCCUGCACCACCGGUCGCUCUCCUCUCUAGUCAACGGGGUCAACGAGGUAAACGUGGUAAGCGGGGUCAGCGCGGUCAGCAAGGUCGAGGCGGUCAGUGGGAUGAAUGGGGUCAACGGGGUCAAUGGAGUGUGCGAGGCAGACAGAGAGGGGGCAGCAGAGCUGCAGUCACAGCAGCAGCAGCAGCAGCAGCAGCAGCAGCAGCAGAGGCAGAGGCACCAUGCGAUGCACCAUAGGUCGCGUUCGUAUACGUCAAACGCGGUCAACUCGGUCAAUGGGGUCAACGGGGUGUGUGAGGAAGAGGGAGAUGGGGCAGCAGAGUUGCAGCAGCAGCAGCAGCAGCAGCAGCAACAGAGGUCCUUUGCGUUGCACCAUAGAUCUCGUUCGUGCACGUCAAACGCGGUCAACGCGGUCAACGCGGUCAAUGGGGUGUAUGAGAUGCAACAUCAUCAGGGGAGAGGAGAGCUACAGCCGCAGCAGCAGCAGCAGCAGCUGCAGCAACAGCAGCAACAGCAGGCGAAGACACAGCAGCAGCAGCAGAUGCAGCAGCAGAAGAAGACAGAGCAGCAGCAGCAGCAGCAGCAGAAGAAGACAGAGCAGCAGCAGCAGCAGCAGCAGCAGCAGCAGAAGAAGCAUCAGAGGCUAUCCACGUUGCACCACCGCUCUCGUUCAGCCAUGAACGCAGUCAACGGAGUCAACGCAAUCAACCUAGUCAACGCUGUGAGUGUAGCAUUCGAGGGGUUUCCACAUGGGGAAAGGGAGCCAGAGCUGGACCAGCAGCAGCAGCAGCAACGGUACCAGAGGCAGUCCGCGUUGCACCAGCGCUCCCGUUCAGCUGUGAACGCGUCUGCCUUAGGCUUGGCUUCUGCAGGUUUGGCAUCUACAGGCUCGGCAGCCACUGGUUCGGCAUCUUCAGGUUCGGCAAGCGUGCAUCCUUCCUCUGCAGUCACUAGAGGGCGCCCUUCAGCAGUUUCCUCCUCCUCACCCUCCCUCCUUCCAUCCCUCUCUCCCUCACACUCACCCUCACUCUCCCCAGCCAUCUCCCCCUCUCAAUCCAUCGUCUCACCCUCCCAAUCCAUCGUCUCCCUGUCCCAGUCACAGCCACAUGGCAUCUCCUCCUCCCAUUCCGUUGCUUCUCCCUCACAAUCCGUCGCCUCCCGCUCGCACUCACUCUCCCCCUCACAUUCCAUUGCAUCCCCAUCACAGUCACACGCACCCUCCUCCUCGCAAUCGCUCGUCUCUCUCUCCCAGUCACAGCCACACGGCAUCUCUCCCUCAUACUCCGUUGCCUCCUGCUCGCACUCCCUCUCCCCCUCACAUUCCAUUGCAUCCCCAUCGCAAUCACACGCACUCUCCCCCUCGCAAUCCGCCGCAUCAUCCCCACGCGAACCUGCAUUCCCCUCCGCUUUUCCCCCUUCCCCGAGGGGACGCGCUUUUCCCCCUGGUCUCCCCCCUUCCCCACGGGGACGCGCGCUCCCCUCUGCUUUCCCCCCUUCCCCACGCGGAACUUCCGCCCAUGCCUUCAGCAGCACCAUAUCCUCUCCCCGCGCCAAUGCCCGCCGCGUUGCCCCCUCCUCCCCACGCGGAGCUGCAUUUCCCUCUGCUGCUUCCCCCCCUUCCCCUCGCGGAAGCGCUCACCACCAGUCGCCGCCCGCAUUUUCAGGCACACAUCAUUCUUUGUCUGAUGCAAGCCGUGCCGCUGCUGCUGCUCCUGCUGCUCCUCCUCCACCUCCUCCUGCUGCUGCUCCUCCUGCUGCUCCUCCUCGUCGUCCUCCUCCCCCUACUCCUGUUGCUGCUGCGGCUGCUGACAGGCCAGCUUCAUACGCGUUACAAGCCCACCCGCCUGCGUCAGUAGACUCGUCAGCCUUAUCAUCAGCCACGUUUUGCUUCCCUCGGGAUCUUACUUUCACAGUAAGCCCUCAGGUGUCCCCUCAGGUGUCUCCUCAGGUGUCUGCUCAAGCGUCCCCCCAGGAGUCCCCUCAGGUGUCCGCUCAGGUGUCCCCACUCGGCCCGUCCCUUCACCCAAAGGGGGUUACCUCACCUCAAAAGAAUUGCCCCUCACAUCUCUCUCCCCCCAAGCCUUCUUCCAAUCCUCUCUCUCCCCCCAAGCCUUCUUCCAAUCCUCUCUCUCUCCCCAAGCCUGCUUCCAAGCCCAAACCUCUUUCCUCCCCCAAGCAUACUUCCAAGCCUCUCUACGUCCCCCCUCUGGCGCCACGAGCAACAGCAGCAGCAGUAGCAGUAACAGCAGCAGCGGUAACAGCAGCAGCGGUAACAGCAAUUACACCAGCAGCAGCAGCAGCAGCAGCAGCAGCAGCAGCAGCAGCAGCAGCAGCAGCAGCAGCAGCAGCAGCAGCAGCAGCUUUAACACUGCAAGGCAGAGAAACAACAGCAAGACCAGCACCCAAAGCACGGGCAGCAGCACUGGCAAGUCACCCAGUCGAAGCUGCAGCAGCAUUGCCAUUGGAACAGCAGCAGAGAGGCGCUUGCGUGUGA